AUGGCUGCUGCUGCCAAACGCCCACGCGAGGACGAGGCGAAGUCAUCUGCGAAGAAAAUCAAAAAGGGAUUCCAGAUUGGACCGGCAAAUCUGCCAGAUGGCACACAUAGACGCAAGGUGCAAAAGAUCAAAAAGGAUCUCAUCCACAAGGCCAAAGUCAAAAAAGAAUACGCGAAACUCAAGGCUCGCCAAGAGACCGAAACCACAACGCCUCGCAAAUCUGUCUAUGAACGUGAACAACAUAACGAUGAUCGUCACGAGGAGCCUACCGAGCCUAUGCCAGAGCCUACGCUUGAGCCUCAUCCUGACCGAGUGAAACUGCUCGAAGAAGCCGACCCAGAGGAAGAAUCAAAGCAACACACUGAGCGUAGGCAGAGACGACCACGUCCCAUGCCCUUCCAAAGGGAGGCCGAGUUGGCGCAGAAGAAGAAAGAGGAGGCCGAGGCGCGUCAGGCAGCAAGAGAUGCCGCAGAAAAAGAACGUGCGCGAAAACAAGCAGAAAGAGAGCGCUUUAGGAAGACCAUGGCCAAGGCGAGAGAAGGGCCGAACGGGCAGCGCAAACUCGGCCGCGAGAGUACAGUUCUGCUUGCAAAAGCUCAGCGACUCAUGGGGAAGACUUGA